AUGUCAGGACUCUUCGGAAGCCAGAGCAGCACUGCGAGUCAAGCAAAUACUCUGGGAGAUCUUUCUAAAGACGUAGCUCUUAACCAGCCACCAAGUGACAGCGUAUCCGACCUCGCCUUCUCGCCGCGCAGCGAGCAUCUGGCUGUAGCUUCGUGGGAUAAUAAGGUCCGGAUCUACGAGAUUACGCAGAAUGGAGGAAGUGAGGGGAAGGCUGUUAUUGACCAUGAGGGCCCGGUGUUGAGUUGUCACUGGUCUAGUGAUGGUAAGCAAGUCGUUGGAGCAGGAGCCGACAAAGCUGCCCGAUUGCUUGACCUGGGAUCUGGAGCGAGCGUUUCACAACAAGUCGCUGCGCACGACCAACCUAUUCGAUCCGUACGGUUCUUCGAUGCCCCAAACUCGAACGCGCAAAUGAUUGUUACGGGAUCUUGGGAUAAGACUAUCAAGUAUUGGGAUUUGCGCUCGUCGACUGCGGUCGCUACCGUGCAAUGCCAGGAGCGAGUCUAUACCCUGGAUGUGCAGAAGAACCUGUUGGUUGUUGGCACUGCGGACCGCUAUAUCAACGUUAUUAACUUGAGUGAGCCGACGAAGUUUUAUAAGACUUUGCAGAGCCCAUUGAAGUGGCAGACCAGAGUUGUUAGCUGCUUUCCAGACGCCAGUGGUUUCGCUGUAGGAAGUAUCGAGGGUCGAUGUGCAAUCCAAUAUGUUGAAGACAAGGACGCCAGCUCCAAUUUCUCCUUUAAAUGUCACCGCGACCCCCCAUCUAACAACAUGACGAACGUUUACUCCGUCAACGCCAUCUCUUUCCACCCCGUCCACGGCACCUUCAGCACCGCCGGCUCAGACGGUACAUUCCACUUCUGGGACGGAGUAGCCAAGCACAGGCUAAAGGGCUACCCAACCGUCGGCGGCACCAUCUCAGCAACCGCGUUUAACAACACCGGUGGCAUCUUUGCGUAUGCUGUCAGUUACGAUUGGAGUAAAGGCUAUGCCGCCAACACCCCGCAAUAUCCGAACAAGAUCAUGAUGCACCCUGUAACACCUGAAGAGUGCAAGCCUAGACCGAGUGUGAAGAAGCGGUAG